CUGGGGGAAACCAUUUUUUUCCGCUCACGGGGUCGGGGGGGGGGGGGGUCCCUGGAUGAAUGAGAUCACGAAUGCAGACUACCUAGCCCAGGGUCUGGCUGGCUGUAGGUGCCCAAAUGCCAGGGGUCGGCUGCGGGCCCGACUCCACAGUGAAACACUGCCCCUUGGGGAGCUCGGGGUCAAAGAGGCAGAAUCAUUCGCGGAAUUGAGAUAACCUCUCACCUGCCCGCGAUCUCGCGGCGUCCAGCCCGCCACGCACCCGGAGAGCCGGGCCGAGCGCGGGGAAGCAGCAGGGCCAGCGCGGCGGGCGGCGGAGGAAGGUUCGGGGCUGGACGCACGGCUCUCGGGAAGGAGGAGGAGAGAGCAGGCGGCGGAGGAGGGGAGAGCCGCCGAGAGGAGGGAGCAGGGGCGGGCGCAGACACAUGCGCGCUGCCUGCCGCCGCCGCAGCCGCCGCCGCAGUGCUUAGCUUCCCGGGGACAGGAAACCUUCGAGACCGAGCUGCCACCGCCGCCUCCCCUUCUGCCCCGCAUUCCGCGCUCCUGCCACACCCUCCUCCCCUUCUUCCAGCAUCUCGCGGCGGAGCGCUGCAGGGACUCGGCCCCGGCUGCCGUCUCCCCCUCCCGGGGGAAAGCUGUGACCCCCCCCCGCAGGAGCGGCGGGGCGGGGUGGGGGUGGGGGGGCCCGGGAGAAGAUGGCGACGCCGGGAAGCGAACCCCAACCUUUCGUCCCUGCCCUGUCGGUGGCUACUCUGCACCCUCAUCAUCAUCCCCCCCACCCCCAUCAGCACCACGGAGGAACCGGAGGCAGCGGCGGGGCCGGGGCAGGCGGCGGCGGCGGCGGGGGCUUCAACCUGCCCUUGAACCGGGGGCUGGAGCGCGCGCUGGAGGAAGCGGCCAACUCCGGGGGGUUGAACCUCAGUGCCAGGAAACUGAAGGAAUUUCCCAGGACCGCGGCCCCCGCGCACGACCUCUCGGACACGGUGCAGGCAGAUUUAUCUAAAAACAGACUGGUUGAAGUUCCAAUGGAAUUGUGCCAUUUCGUAUCACUGGAAAUUCUUAAUCUGUAUCAUAAUUGUAUCAGAGUCAUUCCGGAGGCCAUCAUUAAUCUGCAGAUGCUGACUUACUUAAAUUUAAGUCGGAAUCAGCUGUCUGCCCUGCCGGCCUGCCUGUGUGGUCUGCCUCUCAAAGUCUUAAUCGCCAGUAACAACAAACUUGGAUCGCUGCCUGAAGAGAUAGGUCAGCUCAAACAGUUAAUGGAGUUGGACGUCAGCUGCAACGAGAUCACAGCCUUGCCUCAGCAGAUAGGGCAAUUGAAAUCCCUUCGAGAACUGAAUGUCAGAAGAAAUUACCUUAAAGUUUUACCACAAGAACUAGUAGAUCUUCCCUUGGUAAAGUUUGACUUUUCCUGCAAUAAAGUGCUCGUGAUUCCCAUUUGUUUUAGAGAGAUGAAGCAGCUGCAAAUAUUACUGCUUGAGAAUAACCCUUUGCAGUCUCCUCCAGCACAGAUUUGCACCAAGGGCAAAGUGCACAUAUUCAAGUAUCUGAGCAUUCAAGCAUGCCAGAUUAAGACAGCUGACUCCCUUUAUCUCCACACCAUGGAGAGGCCACAUUUACACCAACAUGUGGAAGAUGGCAAGAAGGAUUCUGAUUCGGGCGUGGGGAGUGAUAAUGGAGACAAGCGAUUAUCUGCCACGGAGCCUUCUGAUGAAGACACCGUUAGCCUCAAUGUGCCAAUGUCAAAUAUCAUGGAAGAAGAACAGAUCAAGGAGGACUCCUGCCAUCACCUUAGCCCAGUUAAAGGGGAAUUUCACCAGGAAUUUCAGCCGGCGCCUUCCCUUGUGAGUGACAAUGACAACUCAGGAGAAGAAGGAGACCAGUUUCCCCAUGGAACAGGCAUCCUCCGUUCAGAAUUUAUAAGCUAUAUUAAGGAAAGGACUGAGGCCUGUGAAGAACUGUUACGGAUAGAAGAGGACGCGCACUGGCCAUCUGAGGGGAUAAGUUCAUCCAAAGACCAGGACAUGGAUACAGCAAUGAUUGAACAGCUGAGAGGAGCAGUGGAUUUGCUGCAAGAACCCAGCAGAUUAAGCACAGAUAUUACAGAGAGAAGUGUUGUAAACUUUUAUCCUAUGGACUCAGCAGAAGACUUGGAAUUACAAGACUCUACACUAAAUGGUCAGAUACAGUUGGAGGCAUCUGCAGAAUGUGAGGUGCAAAAUGAUCUAACAUUACAGAAUAAUGGGAGCGAGUAUUCUCCCAAUGAGAUUAGAGAGAACUCCCCUGCCAUCUCUCCUACCAACACCAGCCCAGCUCUGUUCGGCCUGAAGCCUCGAUCAGUGUUUCUAAGACCGCAGAGAAAUUUGGAAUCUAUAGACCCACAGUUUACGAUUCGGAGGAAGAUGGAACAGAUGAGAGAAGAAAAAGAACUGGUGGAACAGCUCCGAGAGAGCAUCGAGAUGAGACUCAAGGUCAGCCUGCACGAAGACCUGGGGGCUGCCCUCAUGGAUGGCGUCGUCCUCUGCCAUCUGGUCAACCACAUCCGCCCGCGCUCCGUCGCAAGCAUCCAUGUCCCCUCACCAGCAGUCCCUAAACUCAGCAUGGCCAAAUGCAGAAGAAACGUGGAAAACUUUUUGGAAGCAUGCCGAAAAUUAGGAGUACCAGAGAAUCAGCUGUUUUCUACUGACAAGUGGCCAUUUCUUAAGAGCCGGAGUCAGAGCCUGAGAUACUCUGAAUUUACCACAAGUCAGGAAAAACUGUGUCUACCCCAUCACAUCCUUGAAGAGAAAGGCCUGGUUAAAGUGGGCAUCACCAUUCAAGCCUUGCUAGAUGUAACUGUAACAAAGGCUCUAUUCACAUGAGACCAACUCCUCUCCUUUGGGUCGUGACUCAGACGCUUUUCUGGUCAGAGAUCCUGAACUCUGCUGUCGGCACCUGCCCCCUCCACCACCCUCCCACUCACUGCUUGUCAAUUCCCUGACUCUAGUUGAAUUGACAGAAGGACACAAAAGAAGAUUUUCUACCUUUCAUAACUGACUCCAACAUUAAGAUCUGACAGGUAUUUAUUUACCUAAAACCCGUGAGGGAGCUGGUUGUGAAGAACCAAGCAGCACAUCAAUGCCUUCUACAACCUCCUUCGUCCCUUCCACGCUCACCCACUGCCAUUACCAAAACACCAAGCACGACCGUUUUGCAGCAAGAUGCAUUUGUUUUAUUAACACCAAACGCAUUGUGUAUUUCAUGGGGAGGGUGGGUGGGAGGGAGGGGA